ACAUCUCACAGAAAACACAAUCAGAUGAAGCUGGAUAAAAAAGAGCUGAGCCCAGCCUAGCUUGUUGCGCUGGACAAGUUCACGGCCCCGUCGAAAAAAAAUACAUGACAACAAUCUUUCUGGGCUGUCAAAAAAAACAAGAAAACGGGGGAGGCAAUCUUAAACCCCUUUGUCGAAGCAUCACCCUUCCGGUACCAUUAGAAAGCUUUACAACUUGAAGCAUCAUCUUUAAUUCUAUUCAUUCAAUUCUCGCGCAUCGAUUUUGGUAAUUAAUUCUCUUCGUUUCGUUCUGUAAUCCACUUUUUGCCUAAUUCAUUCGUCUCCUAUCAUGGUCCAUGGAUUCAACUUCAAGAAAAUUAACGAAUAUCUGUGACGUAGAUAGAAUCAGUGAUUUACCUGACUCACUACUCAUCGCUAUACUUGCAUUGCUUCCAAUUAAACCUGCUGUACGCACUUGUAUCUUGUCGAAAAGAUGGAGGCCUCUCUGCGAGUCACUCCCGAAUCUUGAUUUUGUUGAUGUUAGGAAUUCAGGCAUAAAUUUCACCAACUUUGUUGAUAAGUUUUUGAUGCGUAGGCUGAAUGAUUUGAAAAUCACAAAAUUCCGGUUAAUUUGUUCUGGUGGAGAUUACUACAGGGACCGCGUUGAUGAGUGGAUUAUGAAUGCUGUUGGGCGUGAUUUGAAAGCGAUAGUCCUUGUUAUUUCAUUUCCAGACUUGUGUGAAUUGGUUCAAGACUUUUUUUACAUGUGUACUGGUGUUGAAGUUCUUCUACUCCGUGGGAAAAUAUUACUUGAGAUUCCGGAGAAUGUUAAGUUUUCGAGGCUUCGGGUACUUAGCUUCCACAACGUUAGAAUUUCGAGCUAUGAGUCAGUUGGGAAGCUUUUGUUAAACUGUCCUGUGCUUGAAGAUUUGGAUAUUGUCCACUGUAAAUGGCUUACGGGCAACUCUUUCAGUAUUUGUGGAUCUGCAUUGAAGCGGUUGUCAUAUUGUCUUAGUUCAGAUGAUGAAGAAUUUGUGCUUCGGACUUUGAUUGAUACACCGAGAUUAGAGAGUCUUAAAAUUUGUUCUUACACAUGCGGUGAUAAUGAUAUUUUGUUCAAGGGCAACUUGCCAUUCCUCAAGAUAGCUGUAAUCGACAUCUAUAAUAAUGAGAUACCACGAGGAGUUGAUUGCGUGUUUGGGCUGCUUAAAAAGAUUAAUCACGUCAAAAUUUUGAAUUUGUCAGAUCACACUGUGCAGAUCGUCAGCCUUGCAUAUGAUAAUGAGUUAAGAACAGGUCACUAUGAGUUUCCUCCGUUUCAUAACUUGACUAAGUUGUUAAUUAAUGUUAAAGAUUAUUGUCAUGAAACUUUACUGGAUGACUUCCUUCAAAACUCAGCGAAGCUUGAAAGUCUUGAAUUUCCGCAGGGUCUUGUUUGUACUUCCCUUCAUGAAUCUUUUCGCCGCUCAUGGGGCUGGUCACAAUCACGGGUUCCAAAAUGCUUAUGCGCACAUCUUAAAACAGUAUAUAUUAGAAAAUUCCAUGGAAUAAAUGAGGAGUUGGCAUUUGUUAAAUACCUGCUAGCUUAUGGGAGUGCUUUGCGGAGUGUAUCAAUUGAAAUUUCAAAUUUGUCAAAAGAUGCAGAGGCCUGGCAAGAACUGUUAAACUUACAGACCGAAUCAACAACUUGCAAGCUUAAUCUUAUAGAUGAAAAUGGGAAAUGCUUCUUAUAAUCACAAAGUGUAUGAGCUGAAUACAGCUGGUUCGAUCAACUGCCUGAUUCGGGAUAUCAUAGUUUUCAAGUUAAACGGAGUCCUUGCUAUAGUUCAUCCUGUAUAUUGGCUUUGGCACGACCAUGUAAGAGGGACCAUAAGACCUAUUAAUACAUACCUUGUAUAAACAAGUUUGAUUUGCACAUCAAAGCUUGGAUUCCCCUAUGGAGUUUGAUCAAGCACUAUAUGUUGGCGACAACAUUUAUUCCAUUGGAAAAGUUGGGAUGGAACAAGCAAGAAAUAUUAGAGUAUUAGUGUAUUAUCAAAUGUUAUUCAAUAUUAUUUUGAUCUUGGAUGCAUUAGUUAAUGCUUUCAGAAUGGUGUCCUAGUUCAAUUGAAGUAAAAUGGAGCUUCCAGAAACAGUGUGAAGAAUGGCUAUUUAAUUCAGUUGCACUAUAAUUCUGUGAUUAGUGAUAAAAAGAACUUGUAUUUUUGGUCGGAACCUCCUGUUGUACAAUGAAACAGAAACAGGGGAUAAAUGUUGAGUUAUCUCUUUAGUUAAUCUUUACAUAUCUUGAAACAGGAAUAUUCACUUAUUGAUUUCAGCUUAGAAAUAUAUCUAUUUUUUC